GUACGCCGCUCUUUGCCAUCUCGAGGAAGCGCCGCAGUGCCCUAUGCCGUUUUCUCCGGGCGACGAGAGGUUCUUGAAUACCAGUGCUGCGAUGGGCGAUGGUUCGUCGAAUGGAUCGGAGAGGAGUGCGAGUCUGAGUACGACGAAUGAGAUGGUUGAUACGCCCUCCACGGAGAUGGAGAUGAUGUCGCCCAUGACUGAAUCACCAAACCCCAUGUCACCCGCAACCGCAGUUGACCUAAUCCUCCUCGACAUCGACAUGCCCGACCUCUCCGGCAUCGAAGUCGCCCGCCACAUCCGUGCCCAACCACGUUUCGACACAACCACAAUCAUCGCCGUAACAACCUCCACAUCCAACGAACGCCGAAAAGUCUAUGGUGAGGUGGGUAUGGAUGCGUGUGUCGGGAAACCCGUGAGGGGGGAUGUGUUGAGGGAAGUCGUUAGGAGAGCUGUUUGUCGGAGAAGGAGUUUGGUACGUGCGACGAGUGGAGGGAGUUCUCAUUCGACUGGUCAUCAUGGAGGUGGAGGUGGGAGGUGGAGUACGGUACAGAGUCCGACCGAAGAAAAAGAAGACAACAUGGACCUCCUCGGUCUCGGCCGCCGUGGCUCACUCCCCGAGCUGACGCUCUCCAACCUCGAAUCCCGGAAGGACUCGGUGGACGAGUCUAGUGGAGAAGGGUCGGCGUCCCCGAGACCGGAGACGACGGCAAAGGCGGCGAUUGAGCGGUUUGCGUUGGGGAUUUCGAAGGAGCAGAUGCAAAUGCAGUUGCAGGGAAGGGGAGGGGGGGUUGAUCAGUGUGAGUUGGCGCAGAGGUUGGAGGGGCAGUUGAAGCUCAGCAAUAAUGCGGGUCCAGCGGUCGCGGAGAAGCCGCAGCUUGGGAGGCUGAAGAAGAAGAGCAGUAUAGAGGUUGUUGCGCAGGCGGGAGCAUAGUGCCUCCCCCUACACGACGAAGAUGAGACGCGUACGAUUACGACGACGACGACACAACUAUCGGCAAAAGAGUAUCUCAGGGCGGCUGCGGUACACGUUAUUACACCGGCGUUUUGGUUUCUUUCUUUUUUAAUUCUUUUUUAUUUGUCGCUUGAGACGGGAUAUUUCUUGCAACUGGCUCGCUCUGGCAACGGCCACUGAGCGAUUGCUCAUUUCGAUUACGAGAAAGGGGGAAGGGACUGGGAUGGAAUACAUACACGAUUAUGCUGGCUUGGGACUUUUUUUUCUUUUUUUUGGGACUUGGCGUUUUGGUUUGGAUUCUGGGUUGGGUUCACGAUCAUGUUAUGACCAUGGGGAUAUCAGAUUCGAUUGAGAGGCACACGGUGUUUUUUCUGCAUACACGAUUGGGAAAUCACGGGUGGGUCAUUACUUUUGUACCAGCUGUAUUGCUUUUUGUUUAGUCAUCAGUACCUUUUUUUUUU